UUUGUUUGAUUAUUUUUAAUAGUAAAAAUUUAUUGUGAACUUAUAUCAUUGUUUAUAAUAAUAGUCACUCUGUAAAUUAAAUGCUGAACAUUUCUAAGUGACGUACAUAACACAUUCAUAUAGGGAAUUUACUUUCAUUUCAAAUCAAAUUACUCUGGUAACGUCUUCAAGAAGGUCGCAAACGGCAAGAUGGCUGGGGCCAUAGUGCGUUGUCUUCAGGUCCCAAGGAGACAAUUGGGUCUCCUUGGAUCAGCUUUGACCAACCAGCAGCAGAGAACGCUUGCCGAUGCCGCGCCAGAGGGAAAGAAAAAAGGUGGUCCCCUGGCUGACCAGGACCGUAUAUUCACAAACUUGUAUGGUAGACACGAUUGGAGGUUGAAGGGUGCAUUGAAAAGAGGUGAUUGGUACAAAACCAAGGAGAUCUUGGACAAGGGUUCAGACUGGAUCAUCAAUGAGAUCAAGACCUCUGGAUUGAGGGGUCGUGGUGGUGCUGGUUUUCCAUCCGGUAUGAAAUGGUCCUUCAUGAACAAACCAUCAGAUGGAAGACCAAAAUAUCUGGUAGUGAACGGCGAUGAAGGAGAGCCUGGGACCUGCAAGGAUCGUGAGAUCCUUCGCCACGAUCCACAUAAGUUAGUAGAGGGUUGCCUGAUAGCUGGUCGUGCGAUGGGAGCUUGUGCAGCCUAUAUAUACAUCCGUGGAGAAUUCUAUAAUGAGGCGUCUAACAUGCAAGUGGCCAUUGCAGAAGCCUAUCAAGCUGGUCUCAUUGGGAAAGAUUCCUGUGGAUCGGGCUACAACUUUGAUAUUUAUGUCCAGCGAGGAGCUGGAGCUUAUAUCUGUGGAGAGGAAACAGCUCUCAUAGAGUCUAUCGAGGGAAAACAGGGAAAGCCCAGACUAAAGCCACCUUUCCCAGCCGACGUUGGCUUGUUCGGGUGUCCUACAACCGUCACUAACGUCGAGACGGUUGCUGUGGCUCCUACCAUUUGUCGACGAGGUGGAGCUUGGUUCGCGUCAUUCGGCCGAGUACGUAACCACGGUACAAAAUUAUUCAACAUUUCCGGCCACGUGAACAACCCGUGUACCGUAGAAGAAGAAAUGUCCAUUCCUUUGAAAGAGCUGCUCGAGAGGCACGCUGGCGGAGUGAUCGGCGGAUGGGACAAUCUUUUAGGAGUAAUUCCCGGCGGGUCGUCCACUCCAGUUAUUCCCAAAAGUGUCUGCGACACAGUAUUAUUGGACUUUGACGACCUCGUGAGAGCUCAGAGCUCGUUCGGUACAGCAGCCUUGAUCGUGAUGAACAAGCAGACGGACAUCAUCAAGGCCAUCACGCGGCUUCUCAGCUUCUACAAGCACGAGUCCUGCGGACAGUGCACGCCGUGCCGCGAGGGUAUCAGCUGGAUGUUCAAAAUCCUUCAAAGAUUCGUUGAAGGAAAAGCUGCGGAGCAUGAGAUAGACAUGUUGUGGGAGUUGACUAAGCAGAUCGAGCUGCACACAAUCUGUGCCUUAGCCGAUGGUGCUGCCUGGCCGGUGCAAGGUCUGAUCAGGCAUUUCCGACCGGAGAUAGAGGCGCGGAUGAAGGGGCGCAAACAGGGCGUCGCCGCUAAUUGAAUAUAAAGGUAGCGACUAGAUAAACUCGAAUUUUCCACAGUUUAUUAGGUGUAAAACCAGCGGAAGGAAGAAAGUGCGGACUGUGCGAGACCUGUUGUAAGAUUUUGUAUUUAUUUUCAGUGUACAUAAGCGAAUCCGCGCGCGGUGUGUAGUCACAUUUCCUAUGUAAUUCCGCCGGACCCUGAUUAAGUCUCGGCGGUUCGGUGAAUAAAAUAUAGAAAACUUUCACUUUC